UUCCACUUUGAAGAGGGGGGGGGUAAGAUAAUUGAAGUCUGUAUGUAUGUAUGUAUGUAUGUAUGUAUGUAUGUAUGUAUGUAUGUAUGUAUAGUCAAGCAAAUAUUGGUAGCUUUAAAAAUGUUUCCCCAAAGUAAAUUAAUUUGCAUGUGUGGUAAGAUAAUACUGGUAGAGUUAGAGGUGGUAGCAGUCUUUGGAUUUCUGAAGAUUCAAGUAAAUAGCCUUACUAAUGCACCAGUUUGGCCAUCAUGAUAAGAUGUGAUUUAUCUUUGCAGGAAUGAUCUGUAGUGAGUCUUGGGUUCAAACAUUUCUUGCUUCCUUUGCUCCAGCACCAGAGAUCGGAAGAAGCUUUUGCUUCUAUUCCAUUUACACAAUCCAUGGUUUGAAGUUGACUGGGUUUUAAAGAAAACAAAACUGUUAAAAUUAACCAGAGUUUAUCACAUUCAAACAAAACAGCAAGAUGCAGAUUGUUUCAAACAGAAGCAAGAUUUUGCAAUCCCAUGGCAAAAUGAGCAGCAUACAAGCUGAAGGCUUGCUAUGGCUUGUUUCAGUACCUGGUAGCUUUGCAUUUACUCUGCUGUUCAGUAUACAGUACUGUCAAAUGCACACCAUCUGAAUUCAUCAGUUAGUUCAACCUUCUUUCCAGAAAUUAUUUGACCACUUGUGGGUUGCCUAGAAUUCAGUUAUUCUUCUGGUCAAUCAUGAUUAUGUUUAGUACUUUAUAGCUCUGUUCAGAAUAUUUUUGUAUUCUGAUUCUGAAAUGUUGUAUGUAUUUGUCUGUGAUGUUUUGGAAUAAUUUCUCAAAAUUAGAUAGAUUUAAUGUAUUUGCUUUGCACAGAAUGUGCAUAGUUCUUAUAUCUGUGCCUCCCACUCUGCAACGAGAGUCGCUAACUUGUGGUCUUCCAGAUGUUGCUGGACUCCUACUUCUACCAGUCCCAUCCUGCAUGGCCUAUAAUAUGGGGUAAUGAGAGUAUUGGUUCAGCACUAAGUUUAAUACAAUACAAUACAAUACAAUACAAUACAAUACAAUACAAUACAAUACAAUACAAUACAAUACAAUGAUUGAACAAAUACUUAAUAAACAACAAUUUUAACUGAACACAGGGUUAAUAUUAAAGAAGAAGACGAGGAGAAAAAAACCAAAGUUACUGAAUGGUCUUUCAGGAUUGUCCUUGUUGGUGUGCUUUGUGGGCAGUGAUAAUAGUGGUGAAUUGAUCUGAAUGAAUCUCAAGCAAAAUCUUAAAAACCAAGGGUAUAGUGUAUUAUGGAGCAGAUAUUAUUGUCCACCAAACUGUUGCAUUCCCACCUUGGACUGAAUGAAUGGUUGUCUCAGCUACUUUAAAUUAUAAACAACCACACAAGGUCUAGAGUGUCCAGUUAACUGGAAGCUGCUAUGAAAGGAACCCAUAUUUUAGGGCUUAUGUGGGUAAAGAUUUUUUCCCUUUCUGUCCUCAGACACUUCACAGUGAGAGUCUACCAGAACUCUGGAGUAAAGUUCUGGGGGUAUGAGUUAGGACUCAACUGUUCAGCCUUUCUGUAGUCCAGCUCUUAAUGCUAGGAGAACAGAUCCCACAAGAUGCACUAAUUGUUAUGGUGCUGCAAUUACCAAGAGAUGAGCAUACAUUUUUAAAAUUACCCAACAGAACUCAUCUUCAUUUUUCUGCCUUUAUUUUAGUUGAAUUUUAUAUGCAUAUAGUUUGGCAGGGUAAGAAAUACUUUGCUGAGUCAAUAGAUUUAUAGUGUUUGCUGAAUUGAGAGAUGAAUGCACAUUUUUAUAUUUGAUAGUAAAUAAAAAUGGAUGAGCAGUUUUUUAAAAGCAGAUGCAUUCAAACUAUGUUUUAUAUAUUUAACCAAGUGGCAUAUACAAUUCUGCUUUGUUGUAAAAUGUGACCUACUUUUGGAUGAUUGUGUAAAUUCAGGGAGUUUUAAACAAAAUUAAUGGAUCGGUUUUCUAAUUGAUCUGUGCUAAUCAUUGCCAACUCACAAAUAAAACUACAAUUUCUCCUGAUGCAAAAUAGCAGCUGUUGUCAUUGAAGCAGAGAGGUGGUUUCUAGACAAAUCUGCUUUGUAAUGUUGGUUCAGUUUUGUGUGAAAACAGUUUCCUUUACCCUCUUGUCAUCCAUCAUAUCUGUUGCCUACUACUUUCCCUAGCACCACCUCUGUGCUCUACUGCCUCACUUUUCUACAUUGUUGUCUAAUGAAAGUGCAUUUUUGAAAUGAUAAGAGACUAAAAAUUCUCAUGGGUUGGUAGUAGUUCUGGCUCGGGUGAGUUCUCCCUUGUGCUGUCAUCAGAUCAACAUACAUGCUGUUCUUGUAAUCCCCACCUUUAUGCCAACACUUCUUGCUUCUGCUGGCACAAAGUUCCAAUUGCAAGCAGUCAAUAGAAAAGAAGAUCAAUUACUUCCAUCCUCCCAUCUUUUACUCUUCCUUGGAAACUUGCCUACAUGCUGCUGCAAGUUAGGACGUUGGCAGUGGGAGAAUGGGAACAAAGUACUGACACAUUGUGGUAAUGAAGGUCAGAUGAGUGUUGUAAGUAGUUUUGAAGUGCAGAAAAUAACUUUGGCAGGUGGUUUCUUAAUAUGAUUUGGUAAGACAGGAUUGUAAAUUAGUCUGUUGCCUGGUAGGCUUCAUCAGGAGCAUGUUUUGGGGUUUUUUUGCGGAUACUGUAUCCUUAUUUUUUUGCAGUAAGCUCUUAGUAUAUAUAUGUGGGACGUAAGCCUGAUAUAGGCUUGAAUUCUGGCUGUGUUGGGUACUUUUAACAGCCUUUGGGCCUUUAAGCUUUGCAGGUAUAUUAGAAGGUAGUUGACAGUGUAAACUAUAUCAAUACUGUGAAAACAUGUAGGCAUUGAAGUAGAUUUAUAAGUAUAAUGAGUGUUUGGUCAGUUACUAACCUAUAUAUAAAAGUUGGAUAUGACCGCUGACAUACUAAUUGGAAAUGGGGCAUGGUUUUCACUGUGCUGGACUUGGACCAUCAAUUUAUUUAAUGUAAGCUACCAGCAACAAGCAAAUCCAAUGCCCCUUUUUGAAGAGGGGGUUUAUUGGAUUGUUUUUGUUAUGUAUUUUUUGUUUUUUAUUGUGAUUUUAUGUUGCAACUGCCCUGAGACCUGCUGGUAUAGGGCGGUAUACAAAUAUAUUAUUAUUGUUGUUGUUGUUGUUGUUGUUAUUAUUACUACUACUACUAUUAUCAUCAUCAUCAAGGGUGAUACUGACAGCUUGGAGUAGGCUUGUGUUCAGCUUUGUACCUUUCCUCCAAUUACCUUGGGUCUGCUGCUGAGAGGUACGAGCUGCAGAAGACAGCAGCAGCAGCCUAGAUGAGGAAACUCCACCCACUGAGGGACUUCAUCAUUCUGAUCAUAAUGUAUUUUAAAUAUAUUGUAAGUUAACUUGAUUGUUCAGUAGUAGGUGGGGUAUUACUAUUUGAAAUAAUAAAAUAUGGGUGUAUUUCUAGUCUACAUUUUGAAUUAAUCUAGAUUAUCAGAUGAUGCUUUAGCCUGGAUGACAAUAUUACUAAAAACGUUACUAAUACAAUCUGUUACACAACAAGCUCAUCAAAAACUCUCACCUGUUAGGUACUUGACAAACCAUCAAUUCUAUGUGCCGUUCUAGACAUGCAACAAAAAAACAGGGGACCUUGAAAGCUGCGGUGGCCUGUGUUGGGCUUGAUGGGCCCUAGUUCUGCUGGCCUAUAUUAAAGUUUCCUUUUUCAAACUGAAAUGCUGAGCGAAUUCUUCCUUACUGUGACCCUGCAUUUAUUCAGCUUCCCUCUAUUUAUUAGCUUUUGGGUUAUACCUGACAAAUCAUUAACAUGUAUUUGUCUGUUGAAUACUAUCUUAUGAAUGUGAUCUAUGUGUUGGUGACUGAGUGUUACAAUGUUAAAUAGAGCUGUCAUUAGGAAAUACAGUGGAACCUCUGUUUAUGAACACCUCGGUUUAUGAAUUUUCGGUUUACAAACGUCGCAGACCCAUCUGGAACAGAUUAAUUCACUUUCCAUUACUUUCAAUGAGAAAGUUCGCUUCAGUUUAUGAACAGACUUCCGGAACCAAUUACACCCAUGCUUCAGGUUAAGUACGCUUCAGGUUGAGUACUCUGCGGACCCGUCUGGAACGGAUUAAUCCACUUUCUAUUACUUUCAAUGGGAAAGUUCGCUUCAGUUUAUGAACGCUUCAGUUUAUGAACAGACUUCCAGAACCAAUUGUGUUCAUAAACCGAGGUACCACUGUAAUUAAAUGUAGCGUAUAAAACAUGUCUUUGUAAGCUUGUUUUUGCUUUGUAAGCUGUAUCUUAUUAUUCUUUUGUAUACCUGUGAAUGAAUUAAUGUUUUUUUAAAAGUUUUAUCUUUGUGUUGCAGUUGCACUGUUCUGUUUCAAGGGCCUGGAGUUGGUGAGGGCUGAAAGGGAAUUAUUGGUUAUAUAACAGCUAUUCUCAUCUGUCUGUCAUCUAUCUAUCUGUGGUUCUCGUCUAUUUUAUUUUGGAGGUGAAUGUGGUGUGGCUUUGCUGAUUAGCCUGAUUUUAUGAAAUUAAAACCACUGAGAGGACAGUGUUUAAACACGGCAACAAGUUUAGAAAUACAAGUUAAAAAAUAAAAUAAAAAUAUUACCUAGCUCUUUUCCUUCUUCAUCUUUCUAUGUUUACUCUCCAGUUUGGUAAUGUGCCCUGAUUCUUGUGCAGGCAAUAUGGACUCUAUCCAGUGCUUCUUAUCUUAAGUUCUAUGGCUAGUUAUUUCCCCAAAUUCUAUAUUCUCUAUUAAAGAAAACACAAUCACAGUUCACUUAGCUUCUAGAUUGGGACUAAAUUUGCAGAAGAGUCAUUGAGAUAUCACAAAUGGCUUAUUGGCAACAGGGCUUUUUAAACUUGUUGGAGUUCCUCCAGAAGGGGUAAAUCUGGAUUAGACGGGUGGUGGUUAUGGACUAGCAUUUUGAUGUCAGUGACAUUGCAUGAGCACUACAAAGCACCUGAGUGCAUGAGGAGCACUGCUCCCAAAAUAAAAACCCUUCUGGAAGUGGCUUUUGCAUUUAAGUAGGUUGAUUAACUUCAAACUCUAGACAGGCAGGAUACCCAAAUGUUCUACUGGCUUGUGUUAUAAUAAGCAUAUGAAGGGGGAAAUAAACAUCCAGAAAUAACUGGAUGCCCACAGAAGAGUUGGAAUUGGCUGUGGUUCCAUGAUACGUGUCCAUGUUUGUUUAGUAACAUACAUCUCCUUUUCAUGUGCCAUAUUUUGCUGUGGCAAAUAUAGUGGAACACUACCAACUUUAAAAGAGUUGAAUUGUCAGCCAGUGUUAUUUCAGGCCUCAUUGAAGAUGCUUAUGAUGUGGUCCAAAUGAUUUCCCCCUAAAUAUCUGAAAGAACCCUUCAUUUUAUACCAACCUGCCUAAAGAGGAAGCCCCAUUGGUGGUUCCUUCACCAAUCAACGAUCACAAUGCAAGGGUCUGAAGGAGGGCUUUCUCUGCAGUGAGCCAACAGCUUUGGAAUAGCUUCCCCUCUCCCCACAUCCCUACUUUUUCCGGCUUCAUUCUAAUGACAGGUAAACAUGCACAUUUUCCUUUGCCCAGGCUUUUGUGGAGCAAUGAGUUUACAGUGAUACUUCAUUUCCAUUUAUACUGCAUGUUUUAUGUAAGAUUGUUAUUAAUUUAAUUAUGGUGUUCGAUUUAUUUUGUUUCAGAUUUUUAGUGUUAAUUUUAAUGUCCACUUUGUGCUGCCCUGAAACCCUUAGUUGAAGGGCAGACUAGCAACACUUCCAGCAAGCAAACAUAUUUUUUUUUAUCUCAGUUGCCAUGUGGAGUGUGAAUAUUGGGAGGGGGACAUACAGAAUCAUAGAAUUGUAGAGUUGGAAGGGACCCUGAAGCUCAUCUAAUUCAAUCCCCUGCAAUGCAGGGAUCUUUAGCCCAUCGUUGAGUUCAAACCCACAACCCUAAGAUUAAGAAUCUCAUGCUUUACCAACUGAACUAUCCCAGGUCCAGAGCAACAUUGCUCUUGCUUUUGAGAAAAAGAAAAUUUGAAGAAAAAAACCUCCCAUUAAAUAUUUUCUAAUUUACAUUGAAUUACUUUGAAUUAUUUAUUUUUAAUGGAAGACAAUCUUCCAGUUUGGUGCCCUCCAGGUGUUUUGAAAAGCAUAUCCCAUCAAUCUUAACAAACUCUGUUGUUGGUGAAGACUGAUCUAGAAUUCUGUGAUACAACGCUCAAAUCUAAGGUACAUGUCUAAACUUAUUUAUGUUGCAGUCUUCAUGAGAUGACUAUAGAGGGCCUUCGUUGCUUGGUAAUUGCUACUUGCCUCCCUCUGGUGACCUUUGGUUUAGUUUUAAGCAAAUAUCUUGCUUCUGCUGUCCUUUUGAACUGGUUCAUCUCUUUUGGUGAACCUUUUCACCUCUCCCCUCAAGCAACUGCGACACAGACACCCUGCUAUAUAGAUUGAGCAACAAGAAGCCUUUGCCCUGCCUUGCUGAAGGACAAAAAGAUCAUAAGGAGAUGGGGUAGAAAAUGCAAAAGGGCUGUCGUAAGUGCCAAGUCUAAGAGGAAGAUCAAUGUUUAAUCAAUAAUUGUUUUAUACACAUGUGAGGAAUAUAUUUUGCAUUUAAGUGACAGGCAUUGAUGUACCACUCCCACUGCUUCAUUUGCAUUAGAUAGAAGGAAAGGUAGAGUUGAGUGUCAUCUGGAUAUUGAUGACACUUAAUUCCAAACCACUGGAUGACCUCACUCAGUGGUUUCUUGUCCUUGAGUGCUUGGAGUUGGCUGACAUCUACCAACUGGAACACUUUGUGUAGGAAAUAAAUGUUGGCCACUAGCUAAUAAUUUAGGUCUUUAGGAUUAAAGGUGGGUUUGUGCAGGAAUGGCCAUUCCACAACAUCAAGGCAGCUCGGACUAUUCCCAUUCUGCAAGAAGUUACCACCUCCUGUACCCAGGUAUACAUUCCAUCUCUGCUGGAUAUUAAAAGGAAAGUGUGGUAAGCAGCAUACAACUGGUCAGGUGCACUUGACCAAGACCUUAGGCUUUAAUAACUGAAAGACAUCCAAAAAAUACUGGACGAGAUAGAGCUUUGGACAACCCAUAGCAGUCAUGAAGUCCUAUGCCAUCGCAGACUAGGUGAUCAUAACAUUGAUGAUGGUGCCUCAGGACAGCCAUCCUAGGAAUCCUCAUCAAAUCCAAGGCAAUCUCUGUCAUUUUAGGAAGGGAAAAUGAUAAGACAAUUGGACAGGCGUUAUACUUGCAGAAUCCCUAAUCUGAGUGCCCAACACACAAUAUAAACAUUAAAGAGAGCAUUGAGAACAAGAUGAAGUUCCUGUUGACCACAGUAAUUCUCUUUCCCUUACUCUCAAUUCUUUGCUGGGGCUGAACAGAAUACAAUAUCUGAAAGUUGAGAGACAGGCUUAAUCCAAAUCAUCCACCAAAGUCUUGGUAAUUCUGGCCAGAUCAGCCCAUUCAUUUACAAUCAAAUAAUGCAUGAAGACUUAUUUUGGACAUUAAAAAUCAACUACGGACCAUUUAGCUCAGGCAGAAAGAAACAAAAUAAUGAAUGGACAGAAGAUGUAUAAUAUCAUUUUCUUUUCCCUGGCUUGUCACAGUCCAACAGCAUAUCUCCAGCUGCUAGUGUGCUUUUUCUUAAUUUUCACUCUAUUUUGCUUUUUAGCUGAGAUGUUGGUGGCAAGAAUGUCUACAGAUGCAGCCUCAUAAAACAAUGUUUCCUUGAUAUUCUUCUAGGUUAAGGUGUAAGAUGCUUAUAAAUCUUUUAGAUGACAGGAGACAUAACAGGUUACCCCAAAACUAUCUUGUAUUUUCCUAAGCCAUUUGCUUUUUAUUAACUAGUAGAACAGUGGAAAUUUGAUUUGAACCCCAAAUUGUUUGUUAUGGAUUGAAUAUAAAUGGUUCAACUCAUACAUAAAUAGGGAUUGAACACACAUGAUGUAUAACUUUGAAUUCAUGUUCGCCACAUUAUAGUUCACUCACUCUUCAGAGAAGAAAUCCAGUGAAUGUGGUAGAAACAAAAUCUUGAAAAAUGUAGCGGUUAAUUAACUGUAACCACUAGAGGGAGUGAAGGGUCAAUCAUUGUGAUUAGGGUAAAACAGAAAGGAUUCUAUCUUCAUUAUAUUUUCCUCUCAUAACGUUGGUUGGCUAUAAGUAGUCUUCAGUAGUGAAGCUCUAGUAUGUUUUGCUAUAUAUUUCCUGCCACAUAUUCAAGUAUACAGAAAUUGUGUAUCUCUGUAUGUGAAAGAUUAAGUCCAGGGUUGCCACCCUUCUGGUCAGUUUCACAACCAGCUGUUCCAGGGCACGGUCAUUUACAGUUUUUACCUGUUUGUCAUGCCUGGAAGACAAAUGUCCCUAUUCUGUGUGGCGGUGAUUGGAGUCAGCUAUCACUACAGCAUUUUCUCUUUUGCAUGUCUCAUUGAUUUCAUUCUCCAUCUCAAGAUCACCCUGAGCAUUUUGGUCCUUACAUCUGAAGUACUUAUUUACUCUUGGAGCCUAGUAUCACCAACUACAGCAGGUCUUGGGAGGAUUCUGCCCCUUUGGGGAUUUCUAGCUUGUUGGGCUCAGCCCCGUUUUAACAUUCAGAGCCUCAUCAUUGCACCAUGUCCUAUCCUUCCUAUAGAGUUUGUAAAGGUGUAAUUGUAAAUGUGUUGUACAGUUUUCUGACGAAUUUUAACCUGCCAUUAAAAGGUUAAGCUUUUGGGGAGAAGGAGGAAUGAGGAAUGUGAGGCCCUUUCACUCCAGGUUACCUGCACAGUUGCCUACUCUUUCUACACUUGUUUGAGGUGGUUGUAUUGUAAUCUCAGUAAGGUUUAGCAGGAAGUGGUGGAAGACAAUCUGAUACCGUUCAUGGCUUUGCUAACCCUCGCAACAGCACUGUGGUUACUAAAUAUGUCAAACAUGCUCAGUCAGAUCUUUAAAUUGUCUUAGGUAUCAGUGGUUGUAUGUAUGUAUGUAUGUUUGUUUCUCUGUAUUUUAUUACAUUUGUAUACUACCCUUCACUCAAAGAUCACAGGGCGGUCCACAACAUAAAAAUACAAAAUGAGAAAAUAAAAUGCGUUCAUAUGGGGAGAUGGUCCUUGAGGUAUUGUGGUCCAAUAAAAUUUUCCCAGGAAGCUCAUAUUACUUUGAAUUUGCAGAAAUGUAUUUACCAAACAGCCUCAUAUGCAAAAUGUCAGGAAAAUAAUACACUUUGAAUACUUAAAAGCGUUUUACAAAUGCUUAGCCAAUUUUAGCCGCUGCUUGCUAAAGCAAUGGCUCUGUAAGGAUGGAGCAAAAAACCCAAGAAGUCAGCUUUACAUUAUUUUGAACCUAGGCAUGUUGUUGUUUAUCUGCCUUUCACCCUAAGGGCCCAGGGCAGCAAAUAAAACAACAGUAUUGAAAACAGUUUAAAAUAACUUACAAUCACAGAAAUAAGGUGGGUUCUUAAAAUACCCAUCUGAAAAGCCAGGGUUAAGUGGUGGGUCUUCAGCAUUCCCCAGCAUGAAGGACAAAUCGUCUCUGUCCGAAAGGGGCUAUAGCUGGUGAACCAGCCAGAGCUGAAAUAAAAAAAGGGAAAUUGUUUACAUGCAGUUUCACAAGGGAGAUAGGAUUUGCUUUGCAUCUCUUACUGCAUCAUGUGAGAAAACGCCUUUACAUUUCCAAUAGCAAUCAAGAUAAGUGCUGACUCUCAGGUAAGUGAAGUUAGGAUUGUAGCAUUUGUCAUGCUUAGAAAUAAUUUCUGUUCUAAGCAUGACUAAGACUAUAUCCAAUUUACUGCUUUUGAAAAUAGCCAUGCGUACUUCUUUGUACAGGAGGAAACUAGGGCAGCAUUAGAACAAUGGUAACACAAGAAUGGAAAACUUGAGAAAGGUGAUAGAGCAUGAACUGAAGGUAAAGGAACAAAGUGAGAAUGAUAGAUGAUUCUGGCAUAUGAAUCCAAAUGCGGCUAAGGGUAUAAAACUGCAAAGCUGCAAGAAUUAGUAUUGGGACUAAUGAGUAGGUGCUCAGGAUGCCUCCAAGUGGAAGAAAGUAUGGGUGUAGCUAUAGUUAUUAAAUAGUUUCUCCUGCCACACCCUGUAUUCUGGCUUUUCUUUUUGUUUUCAGUGCUGGAAUGAAUGGGCAAUGAGUUUUAGUUUUGAGAGGGGUGGCAGAAUACCUCUCCUCCCACUCUUGGUCUGUUCACCCCACCCGUGGUACAGGUAUUGCAGCUUUGCCAAUUAUUAAUAAGUUCCCAGCCAAACAAGUGGAGUUAGAUCUGUUAUUUAACAAUUACAGAUUUAACAUGGAGCUCCCUGGUGUCACUUUUCUUUAAGACAAACAUACAAUUUACUGGUUUUAGGUAUGAAUAGAAUUCUUAUUUUGCCUGUUAUAUGUUUCAUACAAUAACACUUCUGGGGUGAAUGACUUAUUUUUUUCUGCUUUGAACAGGAGUGGUGAUCACAUGAUGAAUAAGGCAUCCAUUUUACGUAGAAAAGGUGCUUUGAGUACCCUCUGGUUGGGGGAAAAUAAAGCUUUUUGCAAGCCUCUUACUGAAAUCCUCUCCUUUUUAUAUCAGUGACUGCUAGAAUUCUGGAAGAAAUGUGUAUUUGUAGUGGAAAGAUUAAAGUAGGAAUAUUUUUUUCUUCUGCAGUAAAGGAGACCCUGAUUUUGUUCACAGCAGCCUCUCAAUAAUCAGGAAGAUAGUAUCAAAAGUGAUAGGUUUAAGUCUUGGAAAAGUCUCUGAAAGAUGAUCUCAUUUCUGAAGUAGCAUGGGGGGGGAACAACUCUGUGAACUUUUAGAUUUAUUCUUCAUUAAUACUAAAGGAAUUAAAACUGGCUAUGUUGUUUAUUUAAUGAGACUUUUAAAACAAAAUUCCACGGUGAAAUGAUGACCACCAAGAAAACUAUGAAAAGAAACAAAGAUUAUUACCUUCCCCCCUUUGGAUGAACCUGAAUGGUAUCUUCCAAAGAGAUGACAAAGUACCUUUGGCUGAAUCACACGUACAGGGACAGGGUUUUCAGCAGAAUGGGAGGGCUAAAACUAUUGUAAUUUUUAUUUAAAGCUUGGCAGCAUACGCAUCAGAUCAUUUACACAGAAAAGGAAAAGGUUUAUUUUAUUUUAUUUUAAGAACAGAAAGUUGUUCGCUACUAAGGAAGCCUAUAGUAUCCAGCUGCUUUGCUGUGCUUUAAAGUUGCCUUGAGUGGAGCUAAUGUUUACAUUUUCAGUGGGAAGGAGGAUAAUCAAAUCGGGAUCAUUUUCCUUUCCCCCCCCUUUUUAUAUAUAUAUCCCUCCUUUUUUAAAGGGGAAAAACACAACUUGUGUGUUUAAGGAAGGAACAUGGAUAUGUCUGAUCCACAUUUUUGGACUGUGUUCUCAAGUUUUACAAUGCCUCAUUUGAGAAGUGGAAACAGACUCCGCCGAACACAAAGUUGCCGGACAAGUAACCGAAAAAGUUUGAUCUGCAAUGGACAGUCCCCAGCUAUGCCCCGGCCCCAUUCGCCACUUUCAGCUCAUGCAGGGAGCAGUCCUCAAGAUAGCCCUAGAAAUUUUUCUCCUAGUGCCUCAGCCCACUUUUCUUUUGCACGAAGGACUGAUGGACGACGUUGGUCACUGGCAUCUCUCCCCUCUUCUGGCUAUGGUACAAAUACUCCAAGCUCAACUGUUUCAUCAUCCUGUUCCUCCCAAGAGAAGUUGCACCAGUUACCAUACCAACCAACUCCAGACGAACUACAUUUUUUGUCUAAACAUUUCUGUGCCACUGAAAGCAUUGCCAGUGAUAAUAGAUGUAGGACCACUCAAAUGCGGCCACGAUCCAGAAGCCUGAGCCCUGGACGUUCUCCUGCCUGCUGUGACCAUGAAAUAAUUAUGAUGAACCAUGUAUACAAAGAAAGAUUCCCAAAGGCUACUGCUCAGAUGGAAGAGCGACUUCAGGAGAUUAUCACCAACUACUCCCCUGAUAACGUCCUCCCCUUGGCAGAUGGAGUUCUCAGUUUCACCCACCACCAGAUCAUUGAGCUGGCUCGUGAUUGCUUGGAUAAAUCUCAUCAGGGCCUCAUCACCUCACGAUACUUCUUCGAGUUACAGCACAAAUUGGAUAAGCUCCUACAAGAGGCCCAAGAACGAUCAGAAAGUGGAGAACUGGCAUUUAUUAAGCAGCUCGUCCGAAAGAUUCUUAUUGUCAUAGCACGUCCUGCUCGCUUACUGGAAUGUUUGGAAUUUGAUCCUGAGGAAUUUUACUAUCUUCUUGAAGCUGCUGAAGGACACGCAAAAGAGGGACAAGGCAUUAAAACUGACAUUCCUAGAUAUAUUAUCAGUCAGCUGGGAUUGAAUAAGGAUCCUUUGGAAGAAAUAGCCCAGCUAGCAAACUAUGACAGUGGAACUGCAGCAACUCCAGAAACUGAUGAAUCAGUUAGUAGUUCCAGUGCAUCCCUUAAACUUAAAAGGAAGCCUCGUGAAAGUGAUUUUGAGACAAUUAAGCUGAUUAGUAACGGAGCCUAUGGUGCUGUUUAUUUGGUGCGGUAUAAAGAAACCAGACAGAGGUUUGCGAUGAAGAAGAUUAACAAACAGAAUCUCAUUCUUCGAAACCAGAUUCAGCAGGCUUUUGUUGAGCGUGAUAUCCUGACAUUUGCAGAAAAUCCUUUUGUAGUCAGCAUGUACUGUUCCUUUGAAGCUAGACGCCAUUUAUGCAUGGUCAUGGAAUAUGUAGAAGGUGGAGAUUGUGCUACUUUAAUGAAAAAUAUGGGACCUCUGCCUGUAGACAUGGCCAGAAUGUAUUUUGCAGAGACUGUUUUGGCAUUGGAGUAUCUCCACAACUAUGGAAUAGUACAUAGGGAUUUGAAACCAGAUAAUUUAUUGGUAACUUCCAUGGGGCAUAUAAAGUUAACAGAUUUUGGACUAUCUAAGGUUGGCCUCAUGAGUAUGACCACCAAUCUUUAUGAGGGUCACAUUGAGAAGGAUGCUAGAGAAUUUCUGGAUAAACAGGUCUGUGGCACACCAGAAUAUAUUGCUCCAGAAGUAAUUCUAAGACAGGGCUAUGGCAAGCCAGUGGACUGGUGGUCUAUGGGAAUUAUUCUUUAUGAGUUUCUUGUUGGGUGUGUUCCUUUUUUUGGUGAUACACCGGAGGAGCUAUUUGGACAAGUAAUCAGUGAUGAGAUCAACUGGCCAGAAAAAGAUGAAGCACCACCUCCGGAUGCCCAGGAACUGAUUGCUUUGCUUCUGAGACAAAACCCCUUGGAGAGAUUGGGAACAGGUGGUGCUUAUGAGGUGAAACAGCACCCGUUCUUCCAAAACUUAGAUUGGAAUAGUUUGCUGAGACAGAAGGCAGAAUUCAUUCCUCAGCUGGAAUCUGAAGAUGACACAAGCUACUUUGACACUCGUUCUGAGAAAUACCACCACAUGGAAACUGAAGAAGAGGAUGAUACAAACGAUGAAGACUUUAAUUUGGAGAUUAGGCAGUUUUCCUCAUGUUCACAUCGAUUUUCAAAAGUUUUUAGCAGUAUAGAUCGAGGAACUCGAAAUCAAACAGCAGAGAAGGAAGAUACAACAGAGAGAACAAAGAAUGUAGUACUAACAUCUGCAGAAUCUUUAAGCUGGAGCUCAGAAUAUUCUGAAAUGCAGCAACUAUCUACAUCUUUGUCUUCUGGUACUGAAAGUUCUAGGCAACAUCACAGUUCAGGAUUACUUCCAAAAUUGUCAGUAUCAGCUGAAGGAGAUGAAGAAGAAUCACCACAUUCUGCUGGAUCCUGCAAAGAUCAAGAAAAGGUUGCAUUUGUUAGUGAGGAAAUCGUUUUAGAUGAAGUGGAGGUAACAACUCCAGCAAGCACGAUCAGUAGCUCCACGCUGUCAGUUGGAAGUUUUUCAGAGCACUUGGAUCAGAUAAAUGGAAGAAGUGAGUGUGUGGACAGCACUGAUAAUUCCUCAAAGCCUUCCAAUGAGCAAGCUUCUCAUAUGGCUCGUCAGCGAUUAGAAACAACAGAGAAAAGGAAAAUCUCUGGAAAAGUCACAAAGUCCCUCUCGGCCAGUGCUCUAUCACUUAUGAUUCCAGGAGAUGUAUUUGGUGUGUCUCCUUUGGGAAGUCCAAUGUCCCCCCAUUCCGUGUCUUCAGAUCCUUCAUCUUCUAGAGAUUCUUCGCCUAGUCGUGAUUCUUCAGCUGCUUCUGCAAGUCCUCAUCAGCCUGUCAUAAUUCACACCUCAGGCAAGAAGUAUGGAUUUACUAUCCGCGCAAUCAGAGUGUAUGUGGGUGAUAGUGACAUCUACACAGUACAGCAUAUUGUCUGGAAUGUUGAAGAAGGAAGUUCAGCUUAUCACGCUGGAUUGAAAGCUGGUGACCUCAUCACACAUAUCAACGGAGAACCAGUGCAUGGCCUUGUUCAUACCGAAGUCAUAGAACUGUUAUUAAAGAGUGGCAAUAAAGUGUCAAUUACUACAACAGCCUUUGAGAAUACUUCAAUAAAAACAGGACCAGCUAGAAGAAAUAGCUAUAGGGGCCGAAUGGUUAGACGGAGUAAGAAAACAAAAAAGAAGGAGAGUUUGGAAAGGAGAAGAUCUCUCUUCAAAAAGCUGGCUAAGCAGCCUUCGCCCCUCCUCCAUACUAGUCGGAGUUUCUCCUGCCUGAACCGAUCCCUCUCAUCAGGGGAGAGCUUACCUGGUUCUCCAACUCACAGCUUGUCUCCUCGCUCACCAACACCCAGCCUCCGCUCCACCCCCGAUUUCCCCUCAGGCACAAAUUCUUCUCAGAGUAGCUCUCCAAGUUCAAGUGCACCCAAUUCUCCAGCUGGUUCUGGGCAUAUUAGGCCCAGCACACUUCAUGGUUUGGGGCCCAAGCUUGGUGGGCAAAGAUACAGGUCAGGAAGACGCAAAUCAGCCGGCAGCAUUCCUCUCUCUCCUUUGGCACGGACUCCUUCUCCAACACCUCAACCAACAUCUCCUCAGCGGUCUCCAUCACCUUUACUGGGGCAUUCAAUUGGAAACACCAAAAUAGCUCAGGCUUUCCCUACAAAAAUGCACUCUCCCCCCACUAUUGUCAGACACAUAGUUAGGCCUAAGAGUGCAGAACCACCAAGGUCUCCUUUGCUCAAGAGGGUUCAAUCAGAAGAGAAACUUGCCCCUUCUUAUGGCACUGACAAGAAACACUUGUGCUCUCGCAAGCACAGCCUGGAAGUAACUCAGGAAGAAGUUAAUAGAGAGGUAUCUCAACGGGAUACAACCCUUCAGAGCCUGGAGGAGAAUGUUUCUGACAUGCCAUCACUCACACGUGUGAGACCUGCUGAACAAGGCUGCCUGAAACGUCCCAUUUCCAGGAAGCUGGGCAGGCAAGAAUCUGUUGAUGAGCUGGAUAAAGAAAAAUUAAAGGUUAAGAUAGUUGUGAAGAAGCAAGAUCUGGCAGAGAAACAGGAAUAUUUGCAGAAAGCAAGCACCGUACAUGAAAUUUGUGGUGAAUCAGAAAACCCAGUUGCCUCAUGCUUAGAAGAGAGAGAUGGCAAAAAAGCAUUUCAGAAAGCUUUGGAAAGAUCAAACCACUUUGAAGCUAAAAUUGCAGCUCUGGAGACAGAGUCAGUAGGUGGCAUGCUAAAAGACACCCUUCAGAAGAAUGCAAGCAUGAGAUCAAAUGAUUGUACUGCUUUGGAUGCACACACACCAUGUCAUGGGCCUCCACUUAAUGAGCUCAGUCAUUUGUCUUAUGACUUCAAAAGAAUCCCCCCUCCAUGUACAUUGCAAAAUGUUCUGCCUCACUCAUCUGACAAGAUGCCGAAUGGGAAAGGAGAAAAUGUAGAUAAAACUGCACCAACAAAAGAAUCUGUCAAAUUUGAAAGAUUAGAUAGUAAGCUUGCAAAUAUUGAUUAUCUUCGGAAGAAAAUGUCCUUUGAAGAAAAAGAUGACAACUCCUGUCCAGUGCUAAAGUCCAAACUGACACCAAGUGUACAUGAAUGCAAUCAGCUGAGUGCAGUCAGACCUAUAAACAUGCUGCAAGAUUCCAGCUCAGUGACUGAAAGCCGAUCAUUUAUCAGCAGUGCUCAUGCCACUCAGAUUAACUCUGUUCCUUUCAUUCCUCUCAAAGGAUUGACUGGCCGAACAGAAGCUGUUGUGGAGAAAUCAGCCUUGAUUUCCACAGAGUCGCCUGUCCGAAAGAGUCCUUCAGAAUAUAAGUUAGAAGGGAGGUCUGUGUCUUGCUUGAAGCCAAUUGAAGGCACCUUAGAUAUUGCUUUAAUUUCUGGGCCACAGUCUUCAAAGACAGAAAUGUCUUCAUGUGCAGUUGCAGGGGGCCAAAAUGCCAAAAACAAUGGCCAACCACUCAUCUGCCAAGGAGGCAUCAGUGUAAAGGUUGAGCCGUCUUGUCAGAAAGUGCAGCCACCAGCCUUUCAACAAUCCAGUCCUUAUGAAUCUAAUCUACUAAAGUUUGAGUCUCCAAAGCCAAAUAAAAGUACUCCGAGCUCACCAGCAAUGCCUGUGACCAUUGAACAGCAGUCAGAAAAGACACUUUCCAAUUUCAGUGCUAAAUGUGACCCCUCUGUAAGGGUGAUUAAUCAAAAGAAGGAGGUUGUUCAGCUUUCUGCACAUGAGGCUAAAUCCAGCAGUUCCCAAAACCAGAGUUCCAACUUGACCAGUGGCAAAUCUGCCCAUGCACAGGGAAAUCCUGAGAAAGCCAAACGGAAAGAGAAGAAAACCUACAAAGAAGGGCCAGACAACCACACAAGGCCUCAACCAAGUGAUAGCAUCCUUCCAGAGAAGCCUAAGGCAGUUGAGAUUUCUCCAUCAAAGAAAUCUGUUACAGACAUGUCACCAAAUCAGGAUGCAAAACGCAUUCAGAGGUAUUCCUUUGAUUUAGCUGCUCAGCAGCAAAUACGUGGAAUAGCAAAAGUACAAAUAACAAGCUCAAAAACAAAGUUCAAAGAUGUGCUCAAGCCAUCGGUAAAAGAGGAUGAUAACACCACUAGAGACUAUUCAGCAAAUGAGUUGGGCCUGCAGAAAGCAAGUGGAUAUUCCAAGCCUGAAGCAUCACUUCUGGCUGGUGUAACCGUGCAAACAGACCAGGGAGAAAAAGAACAGAAGCAGCCCAAAAAUGUGGAGCCUCCAGCUGCUAACAAAGAGUCCAGCAUUGCUUCUAGGCAACAAGGUAGCAAUUCUGAUCUUCCCGCUGCAAAAGAAUUAUUAAGCAGGCCCUGUGUAUUGGAUGCUCCUGGUUGUUGCAGCAUUAAAGAUAAUAUGAGACCUGCAACGUACAUGGAAAACAGCACUGUUAAAUCUAGACCAGUUCCUGACACUUGUUUCUCGAAAUCAAAACAUUCUGAAAAACAGACACAAAAGCAAAUAGCUACAAAUGUAAAAGAAAAAGAAACUGGCACUCAUGCUUUGGCCAGCUCUUUGAAGGAGGGGAAAAACGUCAAUAAGUCUGCACUGGAUUCUUUUUCACACCCUUCAAGCUCUCGGAGAAAGCUAAAUAAUGAGCAUAUACAGGCAGAAAGGCAUCUGGUCAUAGAAUGUGGGUCAGAACCCUCAAUCCACAUCAAUAGCACAUUGCCUGAAAAACAGCUUAAAUCCUCCAAUAAAAAGCAGGCAGCAGCAGUAGCCCCAGAUGGUGCUAAGCAUUUUCAGAGGCAAGAGAUGGCAAGUUUAAACGAUCCUGUUGAUCAAAAGCCAUUCAGUAUACGUACCAAGCAGAACACGCCUGCCAAGACAUCGCCCGCUGUAAAAGAGGGCUCCUUGUUGAGCAAACCGGCCGACAAGAACCCGAACAUUCAGGCCACCUCUGCGGAAAUGCAACCUGAAGGGGGGAAAUGCAAAGAUGCACUUUAUUUUCAAACUGACCAUGGGAAGCCGGAUCCUAGCCUUUCCCUUAGCUGUGAUGCCAGAGGAAAAGCAGUGGAAAAGGCAGUCACGGGUGCGAAGAACUUUCAAGACACUAAAGGAAAAGGGCACAUGAAUCAGAAGCAGCUAUCCGAGGGGAGCAAGCAGCAUGCUGCAAAACAUUCCUCCACCCCUGCUUUGCAGAGUUCAUGUCGCGCAGCUUCAAAGCAGCUUGAGUGCCCACCCAGCUUCCCUGAAUCUAGGCCGGAAGCCCCUGUUCUGCCUUCAGCAAAGGCUAGCCUGGGGUCACCCGAGCCACUUGCACUGAGCAGCAAGGAAGUGAAAAAGCAAGCCAGCUCUUCCUCAGCAGACGGCAGGGCAGAAAUGACUAAAAGUGUUUCCCUGUUGGGCUUGCACUAUACUCCGUCCCCUGUGGAAGAGAACAUUCCCACUUCAGACUUGGCGGGGAAGCACAAAAGCCAAGAGAGGUCUCACUCUGCUGUGGACAUGAAGGGGAAAGACCCCGGUCUGCCUCAGUCUUCUGCCGCGAGAAAACCGAAUGUAGGUAAAGAUUUGCCAAAGUCAGGGACUCCAGCUGACUCUCCCAAUGCACUUUCAGCUGACAAAGACUCUGCCCGGCAGAGGCGAGGAAAGGACACCUCCCGAAGCAGUCCUCACAAAAAACCCUCCCAAUAGCAAGACGUGCAAAUAGGACUGCUUAGUUGAAAGCCUAGUGUCUUGUCUUGUCUUACCUUCAGCACUGUGUAGUAUUUUCUUGCAGAAAAGAAUAUUCAGCGCCACUUAAGCAGGGUUUGUAAAGAAAGGACUCAUUUCCUUCCCUCCUCAAAAUUCCUUCCCAAAUGUAACCGGUUAAACUGUUACCAUAUUGUAUUUGUACAAAAAUACUUUUACAAUUUGAGAGACAGGUUGUGGGCGGGU